GCUUGUGUGAGUGUAAAAUCCAAAAAGUGCGUGGUGCGGGAAAUCUGUCAUCCAAACAAAAAAAAACUGGAAGCUGCGCGCUUGCUUGCAUUCUUCUGGUUCCGCACUCGUUGAGUUGUUUUCCUGUGAGUUCUAAGCUGUAGCUAGGUAUCUACCACCUUGCAGCAAUCCAUUCCAUUCCUCGAGGUCGACAGGAGUCCCGUUGAAAAAAAAAAUAAUGUCUGAUAAUCAGGACAAUGUGCCGGAAGGUUGGGAAAAGCGUACGAGCCGGUCCACAGGAAUGACCUACUAUCUAAACGUCUACACCAAAGAAUCCCAGUGGGAUCUUCCGACGAAGCCGGCCAGCCCGGAGCAGGACACGGCCGAGGUGCAGUGCGCCCAUCUGCUGGUCAAACACAAGGGUUCGCGGCGGCCCAGUUCCUGGCGGGAGGACAACAUUACCCGCAGUAAGAGCGAGGCGCUGGGUAUCCUCGAAGGCUACCGGAAGCAGAUUCAGUCGGGUGAGAUGACCCUACCGGAACUGGCCCAACAGUAUUCGGACUGCAGCUCGGCCAAACGGGGUGGCGAUCUGGGAAUGUUCAAGCGGGGCAUGAUGCAGAAACCUUUUGAGGAGGCAGCGUUUGCUCUGAAGGUCGGCGAAAUGUCCGACAUCGUGGAUACCGACUCCGGGCUGCAUUUGAUUCUGAGACUUAAGUAAGAGGUAAGUGGGACAGGGAAGGGAACUGAUACCUGUUUGAGAUUGUAGAAUUGGAAAUUGUAUGGGAAUAAAGUCAAAGAAUCGGUGCACUUCGAUUUUAGUAUGGAACAGUUCAA